ACUGACACUGAACAAUGAAUGGAGCUAGAGAGUCCUUACUACACAGCGAGUUAGGCAGGCAGGCAGAAAGCUGCUGAAAUGAUUCCUGUGGGGUAAUUUCCAACUGCUGGAAACCGAUUUAUUCUGAGGACGGCGAGGAAAGGUUAAAAUAACUUUAAAUUUGAGAAAAAAAUAUUUUGGCAAGUUUUUCCCCCCAGAAGAAAACGUUUGGACAAAGUUUUUGAAAAGUUUUGGACAGACCGGACACUGCGGGAGAUCAAUUCUUGGGAGUCUCCCACUCUGUACCCCCUCCCCAAGGGGAAUUCAACACAAAAAGGGGAAUUUGAAUCUCUUGUAUUGCCCCGGAUGAGAUGGGAAACACUGGAAGUCUGGAUGUGCAGACGAAUUUGAGUGCUCAAACCAUGCCGCUGAAAUUGCCAAUGCCCGAACAAUGCGAAUUGGAGGAGAGGUUUGCGAUGGUUUUGAAUUCUAUGAAUCUUCCUCCAGAUAAAGCACGACUCUUACGGCAGUAUGACAAUGAGAAGAAAUGGGAUCUCAUCUGUGAUCAGGAGCGGUUUCAGGUGAAGAACCCCCCACACACCUACAUCCAGAAACUCAAGAGCUACCUGGACCCAGGGGUCACCAGGAAGAAGUUUAGACGCCGCGUGCAGGAAUCCACAAAGGUGCUGCGAGAGCUGGAGAUCUCCCUCCGGACUAAUUACAUUGGGUGGGUUAGAGAAUUUUUAAACGAUGAAAACCAAGGUCUCAAUGUCCUGGUGGACUAUCUCUCCUUUGCACAAUGUGCAGUCAUGUUUGACUUUGACCUUGUGGAGAAUGGUGAUGAUGGUGCACUCGACAAGUCAAAAACCUGGGGCAGGUCUAUAGAAGAUUUGCACCAGAGCAAUGUCCUGCCCCUGGCUUUCAGCAACAGCCUCUCUCGCUCUGCCAGGCAAUCUAUCUUACGCUACAACACUCUGCCUGACAGGAAAUUUCUGAAGAAUUCCAGACUCGUGAGCCAGAAGGACGAUGUCCACCUCUGUAUCAUGUGUUUGAGGGCUGUCAUGAACUACCAGUAUGGCUUCAACUUAGUCAUGUCACACCCACACGCAGUAAAUGAAAUUGCACUUAGCCUGAACAACAAAAAUCCCAGAACCAAAGCCCUGGUACUGGAGCUACUUGCGGCAGUCUGCCUUGUCAGAGGAGGACAUGAAAUCAUUCUCUCUGCGUUCGACCAUUUCAAAGAGGUGUGCAAGGAAAAGCAUCGCUUCGAGAACCUGAUGGAAUAUUUUCGGAAUGAAGAUACCAACAUAGAUUUCAUGGUGGCGUGCAUGCAGUUCAUCAACAUCGUGGUUCAUUCUGUUGAGGACAUGAACUUCCGUGUCCACUUGCAGUUUGAAUUCACCAAACUUGGUCUGGACGAGUUCCUGGAGAAAUCGAAGCACACGGAGAGCGAUAAGCUCCAGGUUCAGAUCCAGGCGUACCUGGAUAACGUGUUUGAUGUGGGUGGCCUACUCGAGGAUGCCGAAACCAAGAAUGCAGCCUUGGAGAAGGUAGAUGAACUGGAAGAGCACAUGUCGCACUUAACAGAGAAGCUGCAGGAACUGGAGAAUGAAAAUAUGAUGAGGGUGGCAGAACUGGAGAAGCAGUUACUCCAUCGAGAUAACGAACUGGCAACAAUUAAGGAAACCUACAAAGAUGCCAGCAGCCAGGUGCACACCUUGCGAAAGAUGAUCAAAGAGAAGGAGGAGGCUUUCCAGCGGCAGUUUCACCUGGGGAGGCAAAUGGCCGACCUGCAGCAUGGAUCCAUUGGGGAUUGCCCGGAUGGAGAUCCUAUCACACUGUCUCGAUCUUCCAUGGAUUCAGAUCUGAGCCGAAGCGUUCCUGCAUCGUCUGCACCCCCAACCCCUCCUCCACCACCAAUAGCCCCACCACUACCAGGUCAAGCCCCACCAGUGCCACCUCCACCACCUGCAGCUCCUCCAUUACCUGGUAGCUCUCUAUCAGUGAUUCUUAGCCAUGGAUUAUCAGCCAUCCGGAUCAAGAAACCAAUUAAAACAAAGUUCCGUUUGCCAGUAUUUAACUGGAUGGCACUAAAACCCAACCAGAUCAAUGGGACUGUCUUCACUGAAAUUGAUGAUGAAAAGAUAUUAGAGGAGCUUGACCUGGAUGAAUUUGAAGACCUCUUCAAGACGAAAGCCCAGGGACCCUCCAUUGAAAUCUCCUGUCAGAAAAGCAAAAGUGCGCAGAAAGCACUGAGUAAAGUGACGCUGCUCGAAGCCAACCGAGCAAAGAAUCUCGCCAUUACGCUGCGCAAGGCUGGCAAGACAACUGAAGAGAUUUGCAGGGCCAUUCAAAUGUACGAUUUGAAGACCCUUCCCCUCGACUUUGUGGAGUGUUUGAAUCGCUUCCUACCCCUCGAGAAUGAGGUGAAGCUCCUGAAGCAGUAUGAGAAGGAGAGGAAGCCACUGGAUGAGCUGUCCAAUGAGGACCGCUUCAUGAUGCACUUCAGCAAAAUUGAGCGGCUCCCCCAACGCAUGACCAUCAUGACGUUUGUUGGCAACUUCGUCGAAAACAUCCAGAUGUUAAAUCCGCAAUUGAAUGCGAUCAUAGCAGCCUCAGCAUCUAUUAAGACCUCACAGAAGUUGAAGGGAAUGUUGGAGAUUAUCUUGGCACUUGGUAACUACAUGAACAGUAGUAAACGAGGAGCUGUGUAUGGUUUCAAACUACAGAGCCUGGACCUGCUCUCAGAUACUAAAUCCACGGAUCGCAAACUGACCCUGCUGCACUACAUUGCAAUCAUUGUAAAGAGGAAAUACUCCAACAUCGCCACCUUCUGGAAUGAGCUGCACUACAUUGAGAAAGCUGCCACAGUUUCACUGGAAAACGUCCUAUUGGAUGUAAAGGAGAUGGGCCAGAACAUGGAACUGGUGAAGAGGGAGAGCAGUAUGCAUGAGCACAACAUGGUGCUGAAGGAUUUCCUGUCACAAAAUGAAGGGAAGUUGGAAAAACUGCAACGAGAUUCCAAAACUGCACAGGCAACAUAUAAUAAAGUGGUUGAGUAUUUUGGAGAAAAUCCCAAGACUACACCCCCAUCUGUGUUCUUCCCAGUCUUUGUCCGUUUUGUGACAUCCUACAAGGAAGCAGAACAGGAAAAUGAACUGAGGAAAAAGCAGGAACAAGCUUUGAGGGAGAAGAUGCUUGCACAGGAAGCUAAACUUCAACAGGACCAAAAGUCUCCAUGCUCGAGGAACAAGCGUCAACAUCAGGAGCUCAUUGCUGAGUUGCGAAGGCGCCAGGUCAAAGAUCACCCGUCGGUGUAUGAAGGGAAAGAUGGAACCAUUGAAGACAUCAUCACAGUGUUGAAGAGUGUGCCCUUCACAGCCCGAACUGCUAAACGUGGCUCCCGGUUCUUCUGUGAAACAACAUUGUGUGAAGAGUCCAAUUGUUAAUGUUUCUGCCCUCUACAGUCUGCCGUUUUGACAGAUCUUAGAAAUCAACCUUACCGGCGUGCAGAUGCAGUAAUGCGACAUGGAUGGAAACACCUCUGAAGAAAAGACUUGAGUGGGGUUGGGUCAGAUCAGAGGGAUAGGGGAGGUGGUGAAAUUGCGACCAAAACCUGUUAAAAUCUGUUCCAUGGAGGAACAUUUUGAGAUGAACUUUUCAUUGGCUCAUACAACACUCUGAAACGAGGAAAUUCCUGAACAUGUGUCUUCUAAUCCACUACACAGAGGCGCACAAGAUAUGGCAUUGUGUGGAGAAAAGCUUUGAGGGAGCAAAACAAGAACACUGCUACUUUCUGAGGUGGGGGUGGGGGAGCAAACUUUUACCUCGAACAAAUCCACCGAACUCGCUCACUGCCUAGCAAGUGAAACUUACCCUGUGGUGCACUUGACAUCCCAACUCUCAAAAUGAUGCUGGAAGUUGGGUGGGAAGAAAGCAUCCAUUAAUGAGAUAAAAAAAAAAGCUUGAAGUGUCCUUCCAGUCAAACUUGGGGUGCCAUGAAAACUUAAUGCCUUUCCAAUCAGUAUUAUGAAGUAUUUUUUUACUGUGCUUGUAGUCUUGAUUAAUUUAAGAUUUUUUUUUCUGUUGUCACUGUAGAAUUGGCCUUCUGAGGCAAGUCCAAAGGAACUUUGUCAUCUGUUAUUGCCAAAGUAAAAUGGCAGCUGCCUUCUGUGGUGGAGCCAUUGGUGUAGAAAUUUGCCUGUGUUGUUUAUGUUAAGUACAUUAUGUAGUAUCAUAUACAUCUAAACACUGAAAUUUCAGGAGGGGAGUUCAAUGCAUAGACAUGACUAUAUCUUAGCCCAAACAGCACCAGGCAAGUUUGUACUCCUUGUCUUUCCUUGCAUUGGUUUUGAACCCACAUGGAACUUCUGAGCAUUUUGAGAUAAUAAGCUCUCUCAGUGUUUGGGUUUUCUUGGGAACCAUCUUCAAAGCAGGAACAAAGGCUCCAGUUGCUCUUGCAGCUUAUUAUAUAUGGGAAGUUAUUUAACAAAGGCACAAGAAUUUUCUUUCCAUUCUGUUAGGGAAUUCUCAAUUUAAAAAAAAUAUUAGACCUAUAUAAUCUCUUUAGACAUGAAUGUAAAGGUAUAUUUUUCUUGGUAAAUGAAUCUCCUUUUGUAGUAACUAUGGGUUUUCAGUCCUUUGGAGAUGCUCAGAAAUCUGCAGGAUGUGAAUCUUAAACUACAUAGAUUUUAUCCAGAGUUUGACAUCCAGUCUAUUCCAGGUUAUCCAUUUGCUUAUCACUGCUGCAAAGUUCAAAGGUUAAUCUUUUGCCAAGGGGUAAUUACAUUGGAUGCAACUUGUGACCAACAGAGUAACUUCAAGUUAAUGAGCCACUGCACAUUCUGGACCCAACGUGUCCACUCCUGAUUUAAAGUAACUGCGGUCCAUUGCAAUCGGAAUUGAGAUCUGGGAGUUAAUUUGAUUCUUAUUUCAUGUAUUUUUCUCUCUUCCUUUGUGAACUAGUGUGGCAUCUCCUGUUUGGAAUUGGAUAGGAUCCUGGGAAUUGUUAGCAUUCUCAGGACCAUUCAUUUGCAGUGUUAUGGUUUUCAGUUAAGAAACAUUAUUGAUCCAGCAUUAAAGGAACACUUGCACUUCAAGGCCAAAACCCCUUAAUGCCAUGAUACACACCUUGGAUCAUGCCUGGCAUUCCCCACCACACCAAUGUCAGACCUGUCAAUGAGUGGUGUCGUGGUCAAUUAUCUCUGCUGAGCUCACUUAAAUGAAGCAUCUCUCCUGAUUGGGGCCACAUAAGGGUUCUUUGUGGUUAAAUAGCCAGUAGUUUUCUGCAGCUCAUUUCGGGGGAUGGGAAUCCUCUUGGGUGAGGUCCCAGAGACGGAUUUACAUGAGGUGAUGAGUGGAGUGGGCACAGUAGGUGUGGAAGACACUGGCAGAAUAUGUGCAAUUAUCAAAAUCAACAUGGCCAGGGAGUCUACCUGUCCAGUUUUCACUGGUAAGUUAUGGUUCCCAAAAUACAUGUUGUUACCCAAAUGCAAGCUUAAAGCAAUUUAAAGAUUGACAGGUCUGCUUUUAUUUUUCAGACAGUACUAAAUUUAUACUUUAUUGUGUAAAGUUGUUCAUUGCUUUUAACCUUAAAAUGAGUUCCUGGAAGCUGUCCACAUUCUGUUUGGGGAAUUGAAGGUUGUAGUCUUAAACUGAAGGCCAAGAAUCAAAAGGUUUACAUGUAAAUAUAUGGUAUUCAGAUGCCUUUUUAUAGCUAUGGUUUUCUCCUAUGUCAUUUUGCAGAAGUAGUGAAAAUGAUUUUGUAUGGGACCAUGUUUAAAAUCAGCCUACACUCUAAACCAGGUUCUUAGUCUUUCAAUACAUCAUCACCAUUUGAAGCAGAAAGAAGGUCACUCUUCUUAUCAGGCCUGUCUCAGUGUUAGCUUCCUAACUAGAUCCAUGUACUCUCAUCCUGUUUCUCUUCUCUCACAAGUUUUUAUCUCUUCCUGUUCAAAUCCGAUCCAAUUCCCUUUUCAGUGAUAGGUCCUGUGUUCCACUUCCCAACAACUGGACCAAUUUCUUCCUUAUUCUUGGCAUUUCAAUUGAUAGUCAGUGACCCCAUUUUUAUUUUCAAAUGUACAAAGCAAUAUUUGGCAGCAUGUCAUGAGGUUAUUGAACUAACAACCCCAGGAAAGGCAGCUGGGGACUUUAUUAUCUGGAAUUAAAAGAUCAGCCAUGACACCACAAGGCUGUUGGACCUCUAUUUUUAAAAAAAAUCAGGUUCAUUGGUGUCCUUCAUGGAAGGAAAUCGACCAUCUUUAUGGUGCCUGACAUAGAUAUGACUCCAUUUGGUUAACUGUCAACAGCUCUACUAUGGCACUCAAAGGGUUCUGAGAGAUGGGAAGUAAAUGUUGGCUUUGACGUCAAUGCUGGCAUUCUGUGGACGAAUAUUUCUAAGUUACUCCUCUUCCAUAAUUUAGGAAACCGUGAGAGCCUGUCUCUCACUUUUCCAAUGACAAAAGCUCUAAUUUCUGAACUGGCCUACAACUAUUUAAAAUUAAUCUUCCCAUUCCCUUUCCAAAACUACUACAACUAUCCUUUAUUGGGAGGCUCAAAACUCCACACAAUGGUCCUGCAGUGGUCUAAACUCCAUCUUGUUAAGAAAACAUGACUACUGUGACCAAGUAUUGAGCAGCUCUGCAGAAGCCCAGACCAACUAACUGUGUCCUGGCUGCACACAAUUCUACUGAAUAUGUUAGUAUGACACUGAAUUUUAUUCAUUGCGAUGUUCUCUUGUGAUGUUAUUUCCCCUGAACACUGUUUGGGUGCAAUAUUUCCUCUAUUGAGUGAGUGUCAAUACUCAGUGGACAGAGUAUUUUACGAAAAAUGGACAGUGCAAUGUGGAAGCUUCAUCUUGACUCCACUUGUCACACUGACCACAUUAUGUCCUAAUGCUUGUAUAGACUCCCAAAAGUAGCAAUGCCUCCAUGGCCACACGUCCUCCCUCUCCGUUUUUCUUGUGUGUGUAUAUGAGACUCUCUCCAAAUCCUUUUCACUCACUUUUCUGGCCUGUUCUCAAGCCCAUUUUGCUGCUAUAUUACAGAGAUUGCCUUAGGCCUGAUUAGGCCAAAACCUUGUCGCUAAACUUACCUAACUUUAUAACAGGUGUAGCCAGCUUUCUCCAGUGAGGUAACAAGUCCCAUCAAAUGCAAAAUAAUGACCUUUGCAAUCAUUUGGAGCAUGCAUCAGUGACCAUAAAUCUCCCAAUUGUUCUGGAGGCGGGGGCUGUGGAGAAUCAAUAUAUAUCAGCUGGUUUACUGAUGACGGUGUCCUAAACCUGGCGUGAAAGCAGUUUUAUUUAUUGGAAAACAUUUUUCUUAAAUUAUGUUUGUAAACAUUGCUGUCCAAAGACUACAAAAUUAUUUAAAGCAAGAUGUUGUUAUGGUUUCAAAGUAAUUCAUUGGCCUUUCAUUUCCUAAUGCACUAACCUGUAUAGCAAAACUUUUUAAAUGACAGUUAAAAAAAAGUUAAAAGUUUCAAUAUACAUUACUUCUCCUGCAUCCCAAGUAUUAAUGGAAUCUUUCAGUGAUGUCAUGGAUUGCAUCACUGCUUAGGUUCAUGUCAACAUCCAGCUGAAAUAAUAAUGAGGGAGUGGGGUUGGUGGUAUGUCUACCCACCAGUGGUUAUUACAGGAGAAGUAUACAGUGGACUUGGGGGGAAACAGCCUCUCUACCUUCCUUGUACAAAUUCAUAAAGCUGCCACUUUAUUUUAUUUUGUCUUUUUUCCAUAUAUUCCAUAUGAAGUAUUUAGUUUGUAUUUUAACCAUUCCAUUUCAUUCCAGACUCUGCAACCUUGUAGCUUACUGUAUCUUUUCAUUAUCGUGUAAAGAAAAGUUCAAUUAUUUUCAAUGUUCAAUGUUUUUUAAUAAGCUGUUUUUAAAAAAAACUAUGCCAAAGUUGAGGCUUUCAGUCUCUUCAACAAUUCUGUACAUAUUAUUCUUAAUAAUUAUUAUAAAUCCAGCUCUCUGGUCUAAGUGUCGUGAUUUAUCUGUUAAAUCUUGAGUAGAAAGUUGAAGUAAUACAGAUCAGCUAUAGUCGGAGAGUACUCAAGUACUGUACACCUUGUAGCCAGAUUUUGGGUGAGGGGCUGUGGUGGGGUGAGAAUUGGCAGAAGAGCAUAUGCUGUUCACAGCUCAUAUCCCCAAGACCCAGUAAGUUUUUAUCUCCAAGUGUGCAGUAUGAAGGCUAAGAUGCUGACAACAGUUUGUUCUCAAAGUUUUCCCAGUAAUAGUUCAAUUACUUCUUCAGGACAUUUUUUUUAUUGCUGUGAUAUCUUGCACACAGUAGCAUGUUGGAAUACAGCAGUUCUGAGACAUGGACAUCAUCAUCAUCAUCAUCAUCAGGUGCCAUGCCCAGUUUGAGUUUUGACUGCCAUGGCCCACACACUCCUGUUUCGGGUCAAGUGGAUCAAUUCAUUGGCAUUCAUUUCCAGUUCUCUGGCUGCUGUCUCCAUCAUCAUUUGUCUUUGUCUUCCUCUUGCUUUCUUCCCUUCAAUCUUUCCCAUAAUUACCGUGCAUUCUAACUCCUCUUUCCUAAUCACAUGUCCAAUGAAGUUACAUUGCCUUUUCAUGAUCUCAUACAUUAUUUCUCAUUUUGUGUUUGCUCUGUUCAUGACAUCCUCGUUAGAUAUUCGUUUUGUCCAUGAUAUUCUUUGCAUCCUCCUCGAAAACCAUAUCUCUGCUGCUUCAAUUCAUUUCCUCAUGUUACUAGAUAUUGUCCAACAUUCUGAGCCAUAUGACAUAACUGGAUAAACGUAACAUUUCAGUACUCUGAGGUGGGUUGUCAUGCCUAGUUUAGUAUUGGUCAGUAUACUCUUCAUUCUCAUAAAGGUUGUUAUCAUGGGUGACUUUAACUUCCCUGAUAUUGAUUGUUACCUGAUUAGUUCCAAGGGUUUGGAUGGGGCCGAGUUUGUUAAGUGUGUCCAGGACGGAUUCCUGUCACAAUAUGUUGACAGGCCGACUAGGGGGAAUGCCAUACUAGAUCUAGUACUUGGUAACGAACCGGGUCAGGUCACAGAUCUCUCAGUGGGUGAGCAUCUGGGGGACAGUGACCACCGCUCCCUGGUCUUUAGCAUUAUCGUGGAAAAGGAUAGAAUCAGAGAGGACAGGAAAAUUUUUAAUUGGGGAAGGGCAAAUUAUGAGGCUAUAAGGCUAGAACUUGCGGGUGUGAAUUGGGAUGAUGUUUUUGCAGGGAAAUGUACUGUGGACAUGUGGUCGAUGUUUAGAGAUCUCUUGCAGGAUGUUAGGGAUAAAUUUGUCCUGGUGAGGAAGAUAAAGAAUGGUAAGUGAGGUGGAAAAUCUAGUCAGGUGGAAGAAGGCAGCAUACAUGAGGUUUAGGAAGUAAGGACCAGAUGGGUCUAUUGAGGAAUAUAGGGUAGCAAGAAAGGAGCUUAAGAAGAGGCUGAGAAGAGCAAGAAGGGGGCAUGAGAAGGCCUUGGCGAGUAUGGUAAAGGAAAACUCCAAGGCAUUCUUCAAUUAUGUGAAGAACAAAAUGAUGACAGGAGUGAAGGUAGUACCGAUUAGAGAUAAAGGUGGGAAGAUGUGCCUGCAGGCUGUGGAAGUGAGUGAGGUCCUCAAUAAAUACUUCUCUUCGGUAUUCACCAAUGAGAGGGAACUUGAUGAUGGUGAGGACAAUAUGAGUGAGAUUGAUGUUCUGGAGCAUGUUGAUAUUAAGGGAGAGGAGGUGUUGGAGUUAUUAAAAUACAUUAGGAUGGAUAAGUCCCCGGAGCCCAACAGAAUAUUCCCCAGGCUGCUCCACGAGGCGAGGGAAGAGAUUGCUGAGCCUCUGGCCAGGAUCUUUAUGUCCUCAUUGUCUACGGGAAUGGUACCAGAGGACUGGAGGGAGGCGAAUGUUAUCCCCUUGUUCAAAAAAGGUAGUAGGGAUAGUCCGGGUAAUUAUAGACCAGUGAGCCUUACGUCUGUGGUGGGAAAGCUGUUGGAAAAGAUUCUUAGAGAUUGGAUCUGUGGGCAUUUAGAGAAUCAUGGUCUGAUCGGGGACAGUCAGCAUGGCUUUAUGAAGGGCAGAUCGUGUCUAACAAGCCUGAUAGAGUUCUUUGAGGAGGUAACCAGGCAUAUAGAUGAGGGUGGUGCAGUGGAUGUGAUCUAUAUGGAUUUUAGUAAGGCAUUUGACAAGGUUCCACAUGAUAGGCUUAUUCAGAAAGUCAGAAGGCAUGGGAUCCAGGGAAGUUUGGCCAGGUGGAUUUAGAAUUGGCUUACCUGCAGAAGGCAGAGGGUCGUGGUGGAGGGAGUACAUUCGGAUUGGAGGGUUGUGACUAGUGGUGUCCCACAACGAUCGGUUCUGGGACCCCUACUUUUCAUGAUUUUUAUUAACGACCUGGAUUGGGAGUAGAAGGGUGGGUUGGGAGUGUUGUCGAAGAUUGCAGAGAGACAUUGAUAGGAUGCAGAAGUGGGCUGAGAAGUGGCAGAUGGAGUUCAACCCGGAGAACUGUGAGGUGGUACACUUUGGGAGGACAAACUCCAAGGCAGAGUACAAAGUAAAUGGCAGGAUGCUUGGUAGUGUGGAGGAGCAGAGAAAUCUGGGGGUAAAUGUCCACAGAUCCCUGAAAGUUACCUCACAGGUAGAUAGGGUAGUUAAGAAAGCUUAUGGGGUGUUAGCUUUCAUAAGUCGAGGGAUAGAGUUUAAGAGUCGCGAGGUAAUGAUGCAGCUCUAUAAAACUCUGGUUAGGCCACACAUGGAGUACUGUGUCCAGUUCUGGUCACCUCACUAUAGGAAGGAUGUGGAAGCAUUGGAAAGGGUACAGAGGAGAUUUACCAGGAUGCUGCCUGGUUUAGAGAGUAUGGAUUAUGAUCAGAGAUUAAGGGAGCUAGGGCUUUACUCUUUGGAGAGAAGAAGGAUGAGAGGAGACGUGAUAGAGGUAUGCAAGAUAAUAAGAGUAAUAGAUAGAGUGGAUAGCCAGCGCCUCUUCCCCAGGGCACCACUGCUCAAUACAAGAGGAUAUGGCUUUAAGGUAAGGUGUGGGAAGUUCAAGGGGGAUAUUAGAGGAAGGUUUUUUACUCAGAGAGUGGUUGGUGUGUGGAAUGCACUGCCUGAGUCAGUGGUGGAGGCAGAUACACUAGUGAAGUUUAAGAGACUACUAGACAGGUAUAUGGAGGAACUUAAGGUGGGGGGUUAUAUGGGAGGCAGGGUUUGGGGUCGGCAUAACAAUGUGGGCCGAGGGGCCUGUACUGUGCUGUACUAUUCUAUGUUCUAUGUUCAAAAGGUUUCUUUUGAUGUCUAUGUCGCACCUGCCAUCUGAUGUCACCCAGAUUCCUAAGUAGCAAAAGCUCUGUACUUGUUUUAUAUCUUUCCCAUUUAUUCUCAGCCUGCAGAUAGGAUUCUCCUUCUUUUUGGAUAUCACCAUACAUUCUGUCUUUUUGCAAUUGAUAGAUAGACCCAUUUUUGCACUGUCUUCAGCAACUAUAUCAAUUCAGUUUUGUAGUUCUUCCUCCGUACUUGCAAUUAACACAGUGUCAUCUGCAUAUCUGAAAUUAUUGAUGUUUUCACCAAGAUGUCUCUUAUUUUUUGUAAUAUUGUUUCAGUGUACACAUUAAAUAAAUCAGGGGAGAAAACACACCCUUGUCUAACGCCUCUCUUGAUUUUUGUAUACUGACUCACUUCUCCAUCUAUUCUUACAGCGGCAGUUU